AUGGAAAAGUUUUGCUGGGUUCAGUUAAUCGCGGUCUUUCUCGGGCUGAAUCAACAAGCCGUCGGUGGAUAUUCUCUCGGCGAUGCAGGCCUUUCCGCCCGAGGAAAAGAGAACUGUGACCCGGCGCCUCUCAUUAAGUACCACGAGGGACAGAAGGAGUGUAUGUACAUAGACCCUACAGGAGCCAGGAAAAUAGGCUUCGGAUAUGGCCUAGACAGAGCUGAUGCCAAAAAGGUGAUAGCGAAUCUCGGUGUAAACUUCACCAAGUUGUACAACGGACCAGCCACGCCCUUCGGAUCAGCCUGUCAGUGCAGUGACGUCAUCUGUAUCAGCGAGCAGCAGAUUUCACAGCUGUUGAAGGUGGCACUAGCUCAGGCCACGUCUGACGCACGCAAGGCGUUCAGCAGGUUUGACGAACUGAGCUGUAACGUGCAGAACGUGCUGGUGGAUAUGUCCUAUCUGUGGGGGUAUGCAGAUGUGAAAGGUUACUUCGGCGCGUUCCUGGCGUGGCUGGGGAUCGGGAACUGGCACGCCGCGGCAGACGACCUGUCCCUGACGGAGUGGUGCAUGCACUACGACCCGGGGAACAUGAAGAGAUGCAUGGACGACGUGAAAUACGUCAAGAUGGGCAGCACCUGUUUCCAACCUUUCACAAGGAGCUGCAAUUCCUCGUCCUGCUGCAAGGAGGUGGAGACCUGUUGCAUGGACAGCUGGCGCUUUGUGGAGUACGUGGAACGGACCUUGCCGGAGUACCUGUGCUGUCCCUACCCGAACGCCGAGUGCUGUCCCGGCAGGAACGCCUGCUGUCCCCACGGCUACCCGAACUGCUGUCCGACCUACUGCUGUCCUCCGGGCUACCCUGUGUGCAAGGACAAGAAGUGCUUCUCUGUGGACGGCCUGGAGAUGGCCGAGCCGCAUCAAGAUGGGAUAGGAGAAUAUUAGCUUGUACAUGCAAGACAGUAACUUCCUGGAAAUUUUUUGUUAACUUCAUAGGAAACUACAUGUAAUAGUGCUGUUUUCCUUUGGUUCUAUAUUAUACCGAAUGUAAACGUUAUCACACAACAAUUCUACAAGGUACAAAGUAUGGAUUUAUAUGCAACUCAGUACUAGUUGUAUCUAGAAGGUUGUUUUUCAUAGAUGGACAAUUUCUUAAUCUCCAAGCAGAUUCGGUGGGGCAAAGGGACUUUAUGUUCAGUCAGGCGGCCAACAUAAAGUCCCCUUGCCCCACCAAAUCACAUUCUCAUACAGUUGAUGCAAAUCUUGAAAAAAGAACAUGACAAUAUUUUGAUAGAAUUGAAUUUAUUGACCUUCACAAAAACUGUACACUAUUUGUGCCUCACAUCAACAAUAACAAAAAAAAAGGUUGAACACAGGCUUUGGUGGAAUAAAGUAACCACGAAAGACCACAAGCCAGGACAGAGGUAAGAGUUUAUGCAUCCCAUUUCAUACCGUAACACUGGAAAAUUAGGACAAAGCGCUGUACGUCCUUAAAUUGUCUGCAUACAAAUCAUUGUCAUAGUCCUGAAUCACCUGAGUCCACAGUCAGGAAUUAUAUUACCUCCAACUGCAAAGCAGAAUAGAAAACCAAAAAAAAAAA